AUGGACAGAGCCACCAGUCGAAUGUCCGUACGGACGACGGUGUCCACAUCCAGUCGUCUGUCCCGGGGGACCUAUAUCCCGUCCAGGGGGACAACGUUCCGUGGGGAACCCACCCACCUCAAGAACUGCUAUAUUCACCACGACGAAGACCUGAUCCUGAUGUGUAAGAGCUGCAUCAAGCCGAUCUGUCUCGUCUGCUCCAACAACGACCACCAACACCACGAAGUGGAGGCUCUGCCCAAGUACAUCAGACAUCAGCGGAGUGUUCUACAGGCCAAGUGUCGCGUCAUCAGGGAUUCCCAGCUCCCCAAGAUUCGGGAGGCCAUCUCCUCCAUUAACGAAGCCACAGCGAGGCGCAUGCAGGUCAUCAAGGAACAGGAACACAAGCUGAUAAUGGCCGUCACCCAGGUGGCUCAGAAACUCCUGUCCAAGUGCCGACAUCUUGCGAAGCUGCAGAAGACAAAAAUAUCGGAGCUGAAAACUCAUGCCGCUGACCUCAAGAGUUUCACAGAGGUCGUGGAAAAUAAUACGGGGGAUUUCACGGAUGCCGAAUUGGUCACUAUGGUUCAGAAAUACAAUGCGCUGCUCGGUAAAACAAAGCUACUGGACUGUCCGGAUGAAGCCAACCUGCUGAAGUUCCAGAAAGGAGAAGUGAGGACGGAGCAGUUGGAGUCUAUGUUUGGACAUAUAGACACCAGUGAUUAUGAUAAGAAGAUGCUGAUGAAGUACAGAGUGGAAGAACCAGAAAACAAGUUUCACGUGAAAGAAAUCGGAAUAUUCACGAAUGGAUCGGAAGCUAUCACUGCAAUGGUUCCCAUCUCUGUCAACAACGCUUGGCUCUAUAGUGACAACUCUCGUCAAAACAAGGAGGUCACAGUGAACGGAGAGGUCAAACAGAUGAUGGAACUAGGGGCCUACUCACGCGACUUCUUCAUUGAUGAUGACGGCACGCACGUGCACGCGUGCACGGAUAAAACCGUUCGAACCGUAAGCCCAGACAAUAUAAACAUCCUCUUUAGCACGAAACCCCUAAUACCACUGUGCGUGUGCAAAUCUUCCAAUGGAGAAAUAUUGCUGUCGCUGGUAGACAACCUGUCCAACUCGCGUUCCCGUUCGAGCACGCGCGUCGUGCAGAGGAUGACGCGGACGGGUCAGGUGACCGCUACGUAUCAGUACCAGGAGGACGGGCGGACUCCGCUCUUCACCAAGCCCUACCGGAUGACGCUCUCUAGUCAGAAGGACCUGAUAGUGGCCGAUCACACCAGCUCUCAUACAGGCAGGCUGUGUGUCCUAAACGAAGACGGACGCCUCAGGUUCAUCUAUGAAGGAAAGAGUGGGAAAAAGGACUUCAAACCCAACGGCGUGUGUUGUGAUACGGAGAGCCACAUCCUGGUGGCGGACAGCGCUAGUCACGCCAUUCACAUCCUGGAUCAGGACGGCAAGCUCCUCCGCCAUCUGAUUACCAAGAAAGAAGGACUCGUGUACCCUUUCUCUAUCGCCAUAUUUAGGGACGUUCUUUGGAUUGGAGGGUACUAUGGCCUCGUCAAAAUAUUUAAGGUCAAACAUAUUAAGUAA